GGUCACCCCAGUCAGACUGUGCUCCCCAACCUUAAGCCAGGUCAGACAUCUGAGGAGGCCCAGAUACUCCUUUCCUCUUCCCACCAGAGCGUCCCCUCUCGUGGUCAUAGAUUCCCAGAGGUCUGGCUCUUACUCUUCUGGGAUGAGGAAGUGCUAAAAACAAUUUCUUCCCCACGCAUCUGGGUUUGCCACUUAUCUGCCUCUUUACCCUCCUCUCCAGCUUAGGGACACCUGGGUCCAAACUUCCCAGGGAAUGUGGGGAUGGGGGUUGGAGAUGAAUGAAGCCCGAUGCCAUAUGUAAGGAACCUCUAAGUGUCCACAGCGAGGCCUCAUGGGGACCUGAGGUGACGGCUCUCACACUGCCAGUUGGGGGGCACGGUCCUCGGGAUGUUCCUGGAGGAGUAGAAGCCGGAACCAGAGCCUCUAACCCUGUCCCCCCGAUAAUGGGGCCCCCAGUGAGUCAUCUGCUGGCUGGCCUGUGUGUGUGGGUGGCCUUGGGCUGGGUAGGGGGCUCAGCCCCCUACCUGGGCCCUGCUGAGCAGGAGCAGAACCAUUACCUGGCCCAGCUGUUUGGCCUGUAUGGGGAGAAUGGGACGCUGACUGCAGGGGGCCUAGCGAGGCUUCUCCACAGCCUGGGGCUAGGCCGAGUUCAGGCCCUCCACCUGGGACACCACGGGCCUCCAGCUGGUCGGGCUACACCCCCAGCUGGAGACAAUUCCACGCACAGGCCCCAGGACCCCGAGCUGAGUGUGGACGUCUGGGCAGGGCUGCCUCUGCACCCCCCUGGGUGGGGUGACCUGGAGGAGACCGAGGCCCCAGCACCAGCCCAUGGGCCAGCCCCAUCGGGCCUGGGCCUCUUUCACAGGCUUCUGCUGCUGGACCAUUCACUGGCUGACCAUCUGAAUGAGGAUUGUCUGAAUGGCUCCCAGCUGCUGGUCAAUUUUGGCUUGAGCCCUGCUGCUCCUCUGACCCCUCGUCAGUUUGCUCUGCUGUGUCCAGCCCUGCUUUAUCAGAUUGACAGCCGUGUCUGCAUCCGGGCCCCAGCUCCAACACCCCCAGGGGAUCUGCUAUCUGCCCUGGUUCAUAGUGCCCUGGCGGUCCUGCUGCUCAGCCUGCCUGCUCCCCUCUCCUUGCUGCUGCUGCGGCUCCUGGGACCUCAUCUGUUGCAGCCCCUGCUGGGCUUCCUGGGGGCCCUGGCCGUGGGCACUCUUUGUGGGGACGCCCUGCUACACCUGCUGCCACAUGCGCAAGGAGGGCAGCAUGCUGGACCUGGCGGGCAGCCAGAGGAGGACCUGGGACCAGGACUGUCGGUGCUUGGUGGUCUCUUUCUUCUCUUCGUCCUGGAGAACAUGCUAGGGCUUUUGCGGCGACGAGGGCUCAAGCCAAGGUGCUGCCAGCGAAAAAGAAAGGAUCUCAGAACUCCAAACCUGGACCCAGAGGAUGGCAGUGGGAUGGCGCUUCGGCCCCUGCAGGCAGUUCCAGAGCCAGGGGCUCAGGGCCAGAGGGAGCAGGACAGCCAGCCCCCAGCAGUCCUGGCCCCUCCUGGGCGCCAAGGCCACAGUCAUGGAUGUCAGGGUAGCGGUGGCACCAAUAUCACGUGGAUGGUCCUCCUGGGGGAUGGUCUGCACAACCUCACUGAUGGGCUGGCCAUAGGCGCUGCCUUCUCUGAUGGCUUCUCCAGUGGCCUCAGCACCACCGUAGCAGUCUUCUGCCACGAGCUGCCCCAUGAACUGGGUGACUUCGCGAUGCUGCUCCAGGCAGGGCUGCCCUUCCGGCGGCUGCUGCUGCUGAGCCUGGUGUCUGGAGUCCUGGGACUGGGGGGUGCAGCCCUGGGGGUGGGGCUCAGUUUGGGCCCUGUCCCCCUCACGCCCUGGGUAUUUGGGGUCACUGCCGGGGUCUUCCUCUACGUGGCCCUUGUGGACAUGCUACCAGCCCUGCUUCGUCCACCUGGGCCCCUCCCUGCGCUCAGUGUGCUACUGCAGGGGCUGGGGCUGCUGCUGGGGGGUGGCCUCAUGCUCACCAUAGCCCUGCUGGAGGAGCAGCUGUGGCCUCUGGUCUCUGAUGGCUGAUGGGGGCCAGUGGAAAGGCGUCCAGGUUGCCCUUCCUUCCCCCCAACCACAGGAAUGGAGGCGGGACACAGGGCCAGUAGGAGCAACAGGAUUUUAAUAAACAGAACCCAUCCCAAA